AUGGGUAGUAAGCAAUCGCAAUUUGAUAAAGCAACCUCUCCGUAUAGUAGCUGGGGCAGUUCGUUUGACAAUCUUCUAUGUGGCCCUGGUAAAAUAUGUGGAGAUCAAUGGACACCUAUAUCUACAAGAUCAAACUCAUUAACGAGUUUGAGAAGGAGCCAUGAGCCGAAAACUUCAAGAAAUCAGAGACGAGUACGGAGUUAUGACUCUUACCGAUCAUCGCAUCGUGGACAAGCUGAAGUUUUCACUCUCAACAGAGAGUAUUCGUACGAGGACCCAACAGAAGUAUUAACUCAUCAACCACUACCUUCGGAAAUCGUUAGUUCACCUCUGAAUGACUUCUUAGUUGUACACAAAGAAAGUCGACGUGGUUCAUAUUUGCCUAAAGUGCAUCCUGCUCAAUCCACUUUCUCUGACACGAACAGAGCUUGGUCAUAUCGCCCAGAAGGUAUUCCAAAAAUCGGACGACCCCGUACAUCCCCAUCGUCAAUUAAAGAGCACACCGUGAAGAAGAAAAAAAGAAAAGCUGCCAACAGGAAAAGCUUACCCGCCCCACCUCCUCAACCAAUCCAAAUUUUCAUCGAUCUUAACGGAACUCAACAGCAAAUUAAAUUAGAUCGAAACAACCGGGCUAAUCUACACGUGAGUGCGACGAAAGAAACAAAUAGAAGUUCUAGAAGAAAUAAAAAGCUGGCUAAAUCAUCUAGCCCGCCAAGAAAGAGAGUACCUUCCCAACAAACUAUGCCACUGACCAGCAUGCAAACUUCAAGCAUGCGUAAAUCUGUUCCUGAUCUCCGACAACACCAGUCUCAACAGUUGCCUAGAAGACGAAAAACCAAACAGAUCGAAGUGAAGCCGUUCAGUAAAUCAAACGCGAGUGUUUCAGGAUCAUCAAACUCAACUCUAUCAACACGUCGAGUGAUACCGCCCAAAGAUAAGUUGCACGAAACCCCACCUCAACCAUUCCGUUUCAAAUCUGUCCCAGACAAACCGUUCACAAGAAUCAUGAGUGGUAAAAUUUAA